AUGUUUCCAGAUGUAGCUCUAACCAGGCAAAACUGUAGGGUCAAUACCUUGUUCGGGCAAGUAAAAAACUGUGUGUAUAAAGCAUUGGUUGAGGUGCAGUUUGGAAACAGAACUCAAUCACAAGGUAUAGAGUCGGCUCCCACAGGCUCGCCAGGUCGGCAAAAUGUGCCUAGUGUGUCUAUCGAGAGUGAUUUGAAUAGUGAUAGUGAAAGCAAAAGUGCCUCAUUGUUACCAAGUCCAAGUGAUAGGGUGCGAGCCCAUCUCAAGAAAGAACCUACCCAUCGAAGGGUUUUUAAAAGAAAACAUGAAGAAUCCAACUCAAAAGCAACAGAACAAACUUUGGCUAUUGGUGAAGUAGUUGAAAAACCUGAAAAUGGCGAUCAAGAGGAUGAUGGAAAUAUAUUGGCAGCUGGUCCUUCAAACGUAACACAAAAACUAGGAUUUUUAGAAUCAAGUGAACCUUCAAACAUAUGCAAUUUAAGGGUCAGAAGAUCACCAGUAUACUUUGGGGAUUUCAAAAUUUCUGAUUUAAAUAAUGUGAAGCGUCGGAAGAGAUUUUGGAAAACCGCUCAUGAAACUGUUCAUAAGUACAAAAAAAUUAACAAGUACAAUCAGUGUAAAAUUCGUAGACAAAGGAAUAAAAUAAAAAGUCUGAAUAGUCUGGUAUAUGAACUACAUAAGGAGAAGAGAAUAUCUGCAGCUCAGUCAAUAGUAUUGAAGGUAGACAUUUGAUGAACAGAUACUUUGCUGCUACAAUUGUUACCAUGUUGUUGUUUAUUUUCAUUUGUAAAAUUUUCAUUUCAAUUGUUGAACUCUGUUGAAUAUCUAUUGAUUACUAGCUAGAGUGAUCAUUUUACCAUCACAGUAUUUAGGUUUUACAUUUAGUGCAUGAAGUUUUUAGCAUAAAAUUAUGAUGCAUGCAUACAUUUUGCUUUUACAGGAAAGUCUCUCAGAAACCCAAAAGCAACUGCUUUUCAGGCAGUUAAAAAAAGGAAAAUCUAACAAGUAUAGCCCAGAAUUAAGGUGUUUUGCACUAACAUAGAAUUUUUAUUCAUCAUCAGCAUACAGCUAUGUUAGAAAAAUAUUUUAAAAAAAUGUUCUACCAC